AAAGAGUACCCGGACUUGGGGGAUGAAGAACUGUACAGACGAGCACGAGUGGUGACUUCUGCCGUGAUAGCCAAGAUACACACCAUCGACUGGACCGUCGAGCUCCUGAAGACGGAUACACUGUUAGCCGCGAUGCGGGCAAACUGGUAUGGACUUCUGGGGAAAUGGUUCAAGGACACAUUUGGACACAUUGGAAACGAUAUACUUGGAGGUAUUGUUGGCAUGAAGAAGUCGGAGAAUCAUGGAGUUCCAUACUCGUUGACCGAGGAGUUCGUCAGCGUAUACAGAUUGCACCCGCUCUUGCCUGACGAGUUCCUCAUCAGGGACAUUUCAUCAAGUACUGAUGAUGAAGAAUCAGCAGCUUCCAAAGAGUCCCUUCCUGUGGCUGGGUUGAUAGGCUCAAAGGGAGACAAGGCUUUGUCAGAAAUUGGGUUCACUAAGCAAAUGGUGUCCAUGGGCCACCAGGCCUGUGGGGCUCUUGAGCUAUGGAACUACCCAAAUUGGCUUAGGGAGGUAGUGCCCCAAGAUCCAGAUGGCAGGGAUAGGCCCGACCUUGUGGACCUGCCAGCCCUCGAAGUUUUUAGGGAUAGGGAGCGAAAAGUUGCGAGGUACAAUGACUUUCGUAGACAGAUGUUGAUGAUACCUAUAUCGAAGUGGGGAGAUCUGACGGACGACCAAGAAGCAAUUCAAGUGCUCACUGAGGUUUAUGGUGAUCAAAUCGAAGAGCUGGAUCUUCUAAUUGGCCUCAUGGCAGAGAGAAAGAUCAAAGGGUUCGCCAUAAGCGAGACUGCAUUCUUCAUAUUCCUUAUCAUGGCUACGAGGAGGCUGGAGGCUGACAGGUUCUUCACGAGCCACUACGGCGAGGAAACAUACACAAAGAAGGGUCUUGAAUGGGUGGACACGACUGAGUCUCUUAGACAAGUGAUCGAUCGUCAUUAUCCUGAAAUGACCAAGAAAUGGAUGAACUCGGCCAGCGCAUUUAGCGUCUGGGAUGCGCCUCCACAAUCUGAAAAGCACGUUCCUCUCUAUCUUCGGAUUCCAUGAAUCACGUGACUAAUAAAGACCCUUGCUAUGCAGUCAAGGUUUUAUGUUAAUUUCAAAUCAUUUGAUGAAUAAAACUAUAUCAAUUAUCAAUGCUGUAAUGUCAAGAGUUAUGUUUGGAAUUGUUUUUUCUUCUUCUGAUUGGGGUAAUUUGGACCAGCAUACAUUAACAAUGUUGGCAGUGUUGACUUGUUCUAGUUCUUGUUGUUGACGAUUGGAUUGGUGAAAAAACAGAGGAUUGUGUCUGAUAAAUAAACAAGAAUCUCGACCAUUAUUCUAC